UAAAAACAAAGGAACCUCUUGGUUCAUGCUCCUUUCGACGACAGCCUCUUUUCUCUUUCCAUUGUUUUGUUUAGAUUCAGAUCAUCGACCCUUUUCUCAACACCCCUUCCCCUUUCUUCUUACCUGCCCGAGAAAUCCACGUCAAAUCACCAUUGUCUUAUCCCAUAAUCUCCCCUUCUCCUUAAUCUCAACCCCUUUUCUCCUUCCUUUCAGAUCAACACAUUCCCAUCUCGCUCUCGCUCUCUCUCUUAUGCACCUAUAUCUCUUAGCUUUCAGUCCCGUCUCCUAUCGACCUCUCUGUUUGUAAUCCUUCUUCUUUCUAGUAUUUCUGUCAUGGGUUUAAUGCAGGUUUUUAUGAAGAUGUGCACGUAAAAUUCCUUCGCUUUCUUCUUGUCAUUGACAUGCAGUGAGAGGAUACGUGCGAAGGGGUUGAGAUUGAGAGAGAGAGGGCGAAGCUAAACAAGAAACAAAAAAAAGAAAUAAAAGAAAGAGAGAUGGCGAAUCAGGUGGUUAAAGUGAAGAGAGAAGCGAUUGCGGCAUGCAUGACUUGUCCUCUUUGCAAUAAGCUUCUAAGAGAUGCCACCACCAUAUCUGAAUGUCUUCACACGUUUUGCAGAAAGUGCAUAUAUGAUAAGAUACAAGAGGAAGAACUAGAAUGCUGUCCGAUAUGCAACACUGAUUUGGGUUGUGUCCCUCUGGAGAAAUUAAGGCCAGACCAUAAUUUGCAAGAUGUGAGGGCCAAAAUCUUCCCUCUUAAAAGAAGAAAAGUGAAGGCACCUGAAAUUGUGCCCCCAGUUACAGUGCCAACUAGAAGAAAGGAGAGAUCACUCUCUUCGUUGGUGGUUAAUGCCCCCAAAGUAUCCACACAAACUACCAUGACCGGAAGGAGAACAAAAGCUGUUGCCAGAAAGUCUGGUGCUUUACGAGGUUCCAGUUUUUCAAUAGAGAAGCCUGUAAAAAGAGAGGAAGACUCUAUGGAGGAUCACCAGGAGAGUGCAAGCUCACUUGAAACACUAAAUAAAUUCACUCAGAAUAAAAGACAGUGUACUUCUUCUGCUGAACCUAGCCAACAUAUGAAUAAAGAAGCAGAGAACGGUGGAGAAUCAUGGGAUGGAAAAUUGGAUCUCUGGAAACCUUUGAAUUGUUUGGUGGAGGUUGCAAAUAGGACCAAGACUUUCAAGUCUAAUUCACAAGGCUCUGAUUCUAAGUUAGAACCUAGUCGUGUUGCCAGCAGUGAAGCUCAAAUGUGCAAAAGCAAACAUAGGGAAGACAAAUGCAAAACAAAGAUUGAGGAUGAAAAGAAUAGUGCUGGUCCUGCCACUUCAGAAGCUGUAAAUCCUAAAAAGUUAUGCAGGAUCCGUCGAAAAAGGGCUUCUGGAUUUGGGGAUUCUGGCAUUUCUCCACAAGCUGUGCUAGAUGCUGCUGGUACAGAGCAUGACAGAAGAGUCGGUCCUGUUUGGUUCUCAUUAGUGGCCUCUGAGGACCAGGAAGGAGAGGCGCCCCUCCCUCAAAUUCCUGCAAAUUACUUAAGGAUAAAGGAUGGAAAUAUACCUGUUUCUUUUAUCCAAAAAUACCUUAUGAAGAAACUGGAUCUCACUGAUGAAGCUGAGGUUGCGAUCAAAUGUAUGGGACAACCCGUGGUUCCCACGUUGCACUUGUAUAAUUUAGUCGAUUUGUGGCUACAAACAGCAUCAACAUCACAGCGAGUACCCGCAUCUGUUGGUUCCUCUGCAAAAGAUUUUGUCAUGGUGUUAGGGUAUGCUCGAAAAAUCCCAGAUCAAUAAUGAUGCUUUCUUUCAUUCUUUGCCCACCACAGCAAUAAUCUAUAAAUAUGUAUCCUUCUUUGAAUCUCAUUGGUAUUUUGAUCCGGCAUGUAUUUUUAUAAAAGCAUCCAUUCACUGAGUUGGUUCUUCUACAAUAGUUUCUUUCAUUCUCUACCUACAAAUAGAGCGGUGUAUGCAGCUAAGUACUGAGAUUAGCUAUCCUGACAGCAUUGGCAUGGUGUUGGAGUUCAUGCUAUGCCAUUGUGACUGACGUGGUUAAUAGCUGCAUGUCAUUGAACUUGCAAGUCUCAGAUUGUAUUAUCAAUAUACAUUCGCAAAUGGUAGAUUUUUUUUUUUCAUUGUUUGCAGUUAGUUUGAUGUAAAAUUUUCUCAUGUUUCGACCCCGAAUAGAACCCUUACCCUUUGCUCUCAAUGACCAACUGCCUCAGCAGUAGGCUUUGUUAA